UGGGCCCGGGCUCAAUUCUUGGUAGGGGAACUAAGAUCCCACUGCGAGCUGCGCAGUGCAGCCAAAAAAAAUUAAUUAAUUAAUUAAUUAAAAUGGCGUAGUAUUUGCGUAUAACCUACACACACCCUCCCAUAUACUUUAAGAUAUACUUUUAAGUCAUCUCUAGAUUACUUAUAAUAUUUAAUACAAUGUAAAUAGUUGUAAAUACAAUGUGAAUGCUAGGUAGCUAGUUGUUGGUAAGCAGUAAACUCAAGUUUUGUUUUUUGGAACUUUCUGGAUUUUUUUUCUUUUUUUUUUUGGAUCUGCAGUUGGUUGAAUCUGCAGAUGUGGAACCUGUGGAUACAGAGGGCUGACUGUAUAUCUUGAUGAGGAGAUUGAGGUUCAGAGAGGCUAAGUAAUUUGCCCAAGAUCACACAGCUAGUUUGGGGGAGGCGGUUAGGGAGCCCUCAGGACUUGAAUUCACCAGGGCCAUAUGGCUCUGGUGUCUAUGUUCUUAACCGGAGCCACAGCUGCCUCUGGGUUGGGGUCAGAGUCCCUGAACAGUCUGGUCUGUUCUGAGUUAGAAGUCAGGAAGAGGAAAAGGAUGCAUCCUGAGUGUUCCUCCCUCCUAAUUGAGUCUUCCAACACCUGUUAGGAAGGUGGGCACCAUGUAACCCUGUUUCCCGGGAAGGUAGCAGAGAGGCAUUGAGAUUUGCUAGUCUCGUAGCCAGCAAGAAGCAGACAGCCUGGCCCCUUGACACCUAGCCCUGUACACCCUGCCUCUGAAUCAAAAUAGGAGAAGAUAAAUGAAACCCAUUUGGACCCAGGCCUGGGAGGGAAGCUGAAAUGAAGAGUGAGAACUGGGGAAGGCCUGCCCACCAUGCCCUUCACCUGUUCCAGUAGGACAGCUCCCACGCUUGGGAGCAAGUUUACUCUGCUAGGCUUCGGUCUAAGCAAUUUUACACUCAACAGUUUGGAGUUUUUCAGUCAAGGCACAAAUGGGCUAACUGUCCAAGGUCACUCAAGUGUUAGGGGGAACUGGGAUUUGAACCCAGGCAGUGUGGCCAAGGCUGAGGCCCAGGGAGAGGCGGUGAACAGCCCAGGGUCACACAGCCACAGCCCCAGAGCUGGAAACUGCUGGCUCCCUUCCAGCCCAGGAAAAGCAAUGACUCCUGACUCCUGACUCCUAGCAAGUUGGGGGUGGAGCUAGGGAGACCCAGGUGGCUUCUAGGAGAACCAGAGCACAGGCGGCAGAGUGGCUUGGAGCAGCAUGAAGGGGAGCUGGGGACUGAGGCUGCUCAUCCUGGGAGCCGUGGUCCUCAUAGAGGGUCUUCAAGCAGCUCAGCAUGCAUGCGGGCAGCGUGGCCCUGGCCCCUCCACACCUCAGGAGGGCAACACGGUGCCUGGCGAGUGGCCGUGGCAGGCCAGUGUGAGGAGGCAGGGGGCCCACAUCUGCAGCGGGUCCCUGGUGGCGGACAGCUGGGUCCUCACUGCGGCCCACUGCUUAGAAAAGGCGACAGUCAUGGAACUGCACUCCUGGUCAGUUGUCCUGGGUUCUCUGAAGCAUGAGGGGCUGAGCCCAGGGGCUGAGGAGGUGGGGGUGACGGCUCUGCUGCUGCCCAGGGACUAUAAGCACUACAGCCAGGGCUCGGACCUGGCCCUGCUACGGCUCGCCCACCCCGUGGCCCACACACCCCUCUGCUUGCCUCAACCUGCCCAUCGCUUCCCCUUUGGGACCUACUGCUGGGCCACUGGCUGGGAUCAGGACAAUGACGUUCCCAGGGCCCUACGGAAUAUACACCUGCGUCUGAUCAGCCGCCCCACGUGUAACUGUCUCUACAACCGCUUGCACCAGCGGCUGCUGGCCAGCCCGGCCCGGCCUGAGAUGCUGUGUGGAGGUCCCCAGCCCGGGGUGCAGGGGCCCUGUCAGGGAGAUUCCGGGGGCCCCGUGCUGUGCCGCGAACCUGACGGACACUGGGUUCAAGCUGGGAUCAUCAGUUUUGCAACAGACUGCGCCCAGGAAGACACUCCGGUGCUGCUGACCGACGUGACUGCUCACAGCUCCUGGCUCCAGGCUCAGGCUCAGGGGGCAGCCUUCGUAGCCCAGGACGCUGAGACCCCAGAGAUCAGUGAUGAGGACAGCUGUGUAGCCUGUGGAUCCUUGAGGAGAGAAGGGCCCCAGGCAGAAGCUCCCUCCCCACGGCCCUGGGACGCCAGGCUGAAGCACCAAGGGAAGCUGGCCUGUGGCGGAGCCCUGGUGUCCGAGGAGGUGGUGCUGACUGCUGCCCACUGCUUCACUGGGCGCCAGACCCCAGAGGAAUGGACUGUAGGCCUGGGGGCCGGACCAGAGGAGCGGGGCCUGAAGAAAGUCAUCCUGCAUGGGAUGUAUAGCCACCCAGAGGGGGGCUAUGACGUGGCCCUCCUGCUGCUGGCCCAGCCCGUAACACUGGGCUCCAGCCUGCGGCCCCUCUGCCUGCCCUACGCGGACCACCACCUGCCUGAUGGGGAACACGGCUGGGUCCUGGGGCUAGCCCGCCAAGGAGCAGGCACCAGCUCCCCUCAGACAGUGCCUGUGACCCUCCUGGGGUUCAGGGCCUGUAGCCGCCUGCACACAGCCCUUGGGAGUGACAGAACCCCCAUUCUGCCACGGACGAUGUGCACCAGUGCUGUGGGUGAGCCGCCCAGCUGUGAGGUCCUGUCGGGGGCACCGCUGGUGCAGGAAGUGAGGGGCACAUGGUUCCUGGCUGGGCUGCACAGCUUCGGAGAUGCCUGCGAAGGCCCGGCAAGGCCUGCCAUCUUUACAAUGCUCCCCACCUAUGAGAACUGGGUCAGCAGUUUGGAAUGGCGGGUCUACUUCGCUGAGGAGCCAGGGCCUGAGGCCGAGCCUGAAAGCUGUCCGGCUAACAAAGAGUACGUGGCCCUGGGCCCUUGUGCCAACACUGCCUCCGCAGACACCUUCUCUCUCGACCUGGGGCAGGACAGGGCAGGGUCUGGCCUGACCCACCUCUAGCUGCCCUGGGUGGAGUGGAGCAGUGGA